CGUAAAUGCUGGGAAUAGUGCCUGGAUUUUUUACUAUAUAAACUAAACUUAAUGCCCAAGUCAGACAUUAGUUAACAAUUGACCUCAAGACUAAACUAAGCCACAAAAUGAUGAAAUUCAUGUGCAUUUUCGUUUGCGCUUUUGCCGCCGUCUCUGCUUCCGCUUACGGACCUUCCCGCUACGGACGCCCCAGCUAUGGCGCACCCAUUGGUGCUAAGGUCAUCCAAGUCCAGCCCGCGCUCACCGUGAGCGCUGUGGUUCCAGCUGGCGGUUAUGGUGGCGGUUAUGGCGGUGGUUAUGGCAAGUCCGUGCUUGUGCCCGUGUCGGCCGUCUACACCGGCUCCCGUUAUGGCUCUUAUGGCAAGGCUCCGCCAGUAGAUGGUCAAGCUAUUGGUCUGGCCAAGCUCGGUCUGUACGCUCCCAGUGCUGGUUCUCCUCUCGUCUGGAAGGAGGCCCCUCUCCGUCGCGUGUUGGCCCCCAGCUAUCUGGGCAACAUCAACUACAAUGAGGAGGCUCAGGGUGCUUCGGCUGCCGCUGCCUCCAGCUCGGUUGCAGGCCAGCAGGGCUACGGACCUAAGAAGUCCGUCUAUUAAGUGUACGAACAGUGAUAUAAGAAGCUAGAAGAACUGCCUCGGCACUGCUAAGCAGCGCACGAAGUACGCUUAAGGCAUUAGGAAAUAAACAAAAACAAAUGCUCAGAUAAACUAAAACUAAA